AUGGAGGAACACCACCAACUCCGGGGCGACGACGACGAAUCGCAUCGCAACAACCAAACUCACUCCCGAUGCACACCUCGAGACAGUGCUCUCCCCCCUCUCGAUUGGCACGUGUACUUCCCGAACGUGGAGUACGACGUCACGUCCGAUCGACGGUGCGAGCUCGCGAGCAAAUUGAUCGACGCGUUUUGUCUCGCAACGAACGGGGCGGAAUUAUUCGACCAGGUAAUCAUUAUAUAUUGUGUCUUCUCGCGCAGAGACGAGACGAAAAGAGACCUCUCUCUCCCUCUCUCUUUCUCUCGCGUUGGGUGUCUUCUCGCGCGACGUAAACGACGAUCUCGAGCUCUUUCAUUCGCUUUAAUUUUAAGAUUUUCAAAAGCGGAAACGACAGCUCUUUCUCUCUCUCUCUCUGCGAUAAACUACCAUUUUACGAUGUUGACUCUCUCUCUCUCUUUUCAUCUCUCAAAUAAAAAACGACUGCAGACGAAAGCGUUGCACGCGAAAUCCAUCGUGAUUCCGUUCGAUUAUAAAGCGUUGAAACGUGUACUCGGCGAUCGAGUUCCCGAUUUGUUCCACGCGCUCGACUUGGCGCCGGACGAAGCGUUUCAAGCGUUGGCGUGCGCUGCGCACGAGUGUUUAUUUUAUAGCUUACCGAAAGAAGAAAGAGGACGGUUGAUCGCGAGUGGGUUUAAGGAGAAGGCGUUCGAAGGUGUGGUGCUGGCCAACGGUGAAAACGACGAGAUGAUUUCGCGACGAAAUAAUCGGAACGUCAUCGGGAAGGAGUGUAAAGUGACGUGCCACGUGUAUAACUUUUCGAGCAAGUUUAAAGUGAGAGAUUUUCGAGAGUUGAAAUCCAGUUGGCUCGGACGGGUCGUGCAGUUGAAAGGGGUCGUCCAAAAAGCAGACGCGACGAAACCACUGUGUAAGUCUAUAUUUUUCAAGUGCGAGCAGUGUAAAGAGUCGAUUCUGGUGACUUUGGAUAAGAGCGGGAAUUUCAAGGCGCCGGCGAACUGCGAGACGCCCAAGUGUCGAGGGAAGAAAGGAUUUACGCCGGAUUUCGAGAGAGCGACGACGGAAGAUUGGAGGCGGGUGACGCUGAGAGAAGAGCCGAAUUUAGGGAGCGGGGAAGGGAUAAGCAGCAGCUCGGACGAAGAAGAAGAUGAUGAUGAAGAAGAAGAAUUUGACGAGGAGGAAGAGGAAGAGGAAGAUUUUGAACCACUCGAUGACGACGAGGAAGGAGGGAGAAAGAAAAAGAAGAGGAGUAAACAAAAACGACGAAAAUCGGCGGACGAGUUAGACGCGCGAACGCUCGAUCGGGCACCGAAGCACAUCGAGUGCGAGCUUUCGGAAACGUUAGUCGAUCGCAUAGAGACCGCGGGCGAACGCGUGCAAGUGUGCGGCAUCGUCCGAAGAGAAGAGUGCGAAGAGCAACGAGGGACGUCUGUUUUAGGCGGCAAGAAAACCGGGUCGGCGAUACAACGGUUAUACGUAGACGCGGUUUCUGUCAUGCCAUCAGCCUCUGCUACUGGUAGUGCUGGUGCUGGUUACCAAACGACGAAUAACAAUCAAACGAGUACGACCAACCGCAAAACGGAAACGUACCAAGAAAUAGUUAAAUUUAGCGAACGCUGCGCGGACGACCGUUUGAGAGUUUUGGUCAAAUCUUUGUGUCCGUCGAUUUACGGGCACGAAAUUGUCAAGUGCGGCUUGCUUUUGUGCUUGUUCGGUGGCGUAAGAAAAGCCGAUAAGAGCAGUAAAAGAAGCAAAAACAGUAGCGGUAAAAACAACAAUAAAGAAAACAACAACGCAAACAGCGUCGGCGCGGAGACGAGCUUUGACAACGACAAAGAAAACGAAGAAAACGAAGGGCGCCAAAACGAAAGUCAACGAGUGCAUCAGAAACGACGCAGAAGUUCGUUAAACGCGCGGGAACAGCACCAACAUAAAAACCACGGUGCCGCUGGAAACGAAACCUUCGCUCGAGGCACCUCGCAUUGUCUCGUCGUCGGUGACCCAGGCAUGGGUAAAUCGCAAAUGCUCCGCGCCGCUUCGCGCGUAGCGCCGUUGGCAAUACACGUGAGUGGUAAAUCCGCCUCGACUGCAGGUUUAACCGCGACUGUGUCUCGAGAUCCAACAUCCGGCGCGCCAACGUUCGAAGCCGGUGCAGUUGCGUUAGCGCACGGCGGCGUCUGUUGCGUGGAUGAGUUUGAUAAAAUGAAAUCCGAACACGCCAGCUUACUCGAAGCCAUGGAACAGCAAAGAGUCUCGGUGAACAAAGGCGGCGCCAGGGCGUCUUUACCCGCGCGAACGACCAUUUUAGCCGCGGCGAACCCGCAUAAAGGGCGAUACGAUCGAUCGAAAAGCGUUCGGGAAAACUUGAAGAUGUCCGCGCCAUUACUCUCGCGAUUCGAUUUAGUCUUUGUGCUCACGGACGAUCCGGACGAAGAGAGAGACAAGCGCAUCGGCGACAACGUGACGCGAUUGUGCGGAGGACGAAAAGUCGACGAAAGAACCGGGAAAACCACGAAUUUAACGUUUGCGGAGAAGUUUCAGUUGGAGCGAAACAAAAGACGCGAAGCCGAAGCCGCCGCUGCUCUAACGCAACAGCAACGAAGCUCCGUGUCGGCGAGCGAAACGAUUUUAACGUCGGCGAAGAAGCAAGCGUCGCAGCGCGUGUUCUCGUUGAACAAGCAAGAAGCAUCACCAGAUGCCGUCGCUCUGAUGAACCUCCCGCCACCGUCCUCGUCUCUUCGCGACGGUGUCGGUUUAAAAGAAUACCUCGAACGUAAAUCUGAAGAGGACGUCGACGACGACGAUAAAGACGCUCUUUAUGCAGACUACAAGCGCACCUCCUACGACGACAUGCACUCAAAAGACGGCAUCGUCUCCACCUCUUUCAUGCGGAAAUACGUCCGCUACGCGAAAAAAUACGUCCACCCAACCCUCUCCUCCGACGCGAAAGAAGUCAUCAAAGCCUUCUACCUGGAAUUGCGCAAAAACGCGCCCAUCAACGACUCCGCUCCGGUGACCGCUCGACAACUCGAGUCGCUCGUCCGCCUCUCCGAAGCUCGAGCUCGAGUCGAUUUACGCGAAAUCGUCACCGACCGCGACGCCAUGGACGCCGUCGAACUCUACUCCCUCUCCAUGGCCGACGUCAUGCGCGACGACUCCGGAAGGCUCGGCGCGUUUGGCAAACGCACCGGCGUUUCCGGAAAGCGCAAAAACUUCCGCGUCUUCAUCGACGCCGUAAACGCCGCCACUCGAAACAAAGGUAACGCGUACUUCUCCGUCGGAGAGUUGCACGCGUUAGUCGAACAAACGCGAUUGGAUGGAAUUAAAGACAUCGACGCUUUCAUCGAGGCGCUCAAUUUAGCCGGCGAGUUGCUCAAGUGCGGACGAUUGUACAAAAGUGCAAGCAGCUCUGCUGUUUAA